UUUGACUACAAAAUUUUGACUGCAAAAUUAUUGUAAUUAUUUGAAUGUUUUGUAUAUCGUAUAGCAGUCAGUAAAAUCAUCAAAUUUAUUAUUUCUAUAAUAAUUUAUACAAUUUUUUUUUAUAUAAUCUAGCUUUACGGCGCAGACAAUCACAUUUCAAAAAGGUGAUAACAUUUAGCGAAAUAAAAGAAUUACAGUCAAUAGAGUUAUAUUAAAGUUUAUAAACUGCUUAAAAACCUACUUUAAACUCUGGAAAUGUUACAAAAGACCUUCUUAGAUUGCGGUAAUUAGUUCUUAGAGGAGCUGCUGUAUAAGAUGAUAAUAAAAAAUAUUACUCUACUUAUCAAGAGCAGUCAGAGAAUAUAGGAUUUCAUUGCCGAAUCGGAUAUAUUGCGCGAUCACGGGCGGGGAGUAAAUUAAUUAAUUUUGCGAAUAUUUCCCGACCACUUUCUCCCCGCGCGAGAUUAAAUUUCAGUCGUCGCUCGACGCCAACUGACCUUUCCGCACUUUAAUGUGUGCUAAACAUCGGACGCAAAUAGCCGUUCGCCAAAGUUAGGCUACGCUAAAAUCGAACGUCCGAUAAACUCGUUUCUGCCAAGCUCGUGCCAUCUGACGCAAGCUCGUGAAAGUCAAUAAGCAAGCAGUCGGAAACUUCGCCCGAGAAUGCUUCGAAAUAUCGAUAUUUCGUUUACGACCGACUACUUUCCUUUUUUUUCUCUUUCUCUCUCUCUCUCUCUCUCUCUUUCUCUCUCGCGUCGACACUGCUAUCACGAGAUAUUGAAUUUUCGAAAUGAGGCCCGAGCAGGCGACCGAUGCUCGUGAGAUUGCGAUACCGAACGAGCGGAGGUGUUGCUCUCCCCUGAAAUUGACGCGGCCUUAAGCUUCGCCCGUGUCCGUUCUGCUUUUCUCUAUGGCGAGGAGAUACUACUUCUUCAAAAUUCACAUCCUGCGCCGCAAUUCGGAAAUAUCGAGCGUGACAUACUUUCGAGGAAUUUAUAUGCAUACUUUGCCGGUGCGCGGUUUCCAUCGACGCGCGUCGCAGGGAAGAGAGAUCGACGUUUCGAGCGUCGCGAGAAUAAAUCGUGUCAAAUUAGCGAGGAACUUAUUCAUAGACGAAGGUGCAUUCGCGCUCGUUAGGCGCAGCAUUGAAAUAGACGGGCGAGGGUAUAUUUAGGUAGGGCAUCGCGUAGAUCCAUUCAGCGUCGCCCUGCAGAGCUUUCGGCGAGUCGAUUCAAUAAUUUGGCGUACCACUUCGGGCCGACGACCAACAACGCGCGAAAUUGCAUUCCGGAGGCCGUAAUUAACCGACUCGUCAAGCGCUUCUUUGUUCGUUGAAUUGAUCGCGCGAAUACCUGGGACAGAAUUUUACUUGACCUCACUCUCUCCUCCCCCCCCUCGGAUCGCGGAUGCUCUCACCAAUCGAGAGCGAGCCGAACGACGCACGAUCGUAUUUCGCACGAUAGACCUCGACUCGGUGCUGGCAGUUUCCUCCCGACCGGAAACCUUCUACGUAUGCGCAGAGUGACGUGGCAGUCUCAUAGAGAGUUCAUACUAAGGAACCCUUUAUUUACGCCUAAAAUCGUCAUUGGAAAUUGUUUACAUCAGGCUGCUACGUCACGUCCGUGCAUGCGGAAUAGGUUUCCGGUCGGGAGAAGAUUCUCCCGAACUGCCAGCGCUGCCUCGACUUUGAUUUCCCGUCGGGAAUUCAUCUGCAGCCCCUUGAGUUAAUUCGCUGUUCGUUUGCAGCCCAGUGCUCAAGCUCCGUGCCGUGGGCCGGUGAGAUCCUAGCGGGACCUAGAGCGAGAAGAGUCCUCGUCCGUCGGUCGAACCGCCAGCUGCUGAAGGCUGUGAGCGGAAAAAGGCUGUGCGCGAGAUCGUCGGCAGAAGUAGUCACGGAGGUCGGAGAGGUGGAGUCAUCGCGGGCGGCGAUCAUCGCGGGUUUGAAUGGGUGGGCCGGGCGCCGGUAGGGUUACCAGGCACGAGCUGAACGCGGUGCCCCAGAGCCACGUCGGUCACGGGGAACGUGUCCUCGUCAUUGGCGAGCCGCCAGCAUCAGGCUGUCGCUGUCACGCUCCGGAGCGAGCAUCCGGCAGUGCCGACCGCCCGUCCGCCCAGCAGCUGCCACCCUCACCGCCGCCGCUCACCUCCCUGCAUCUCGACAACAGCAACACCACCGUCUGUGCCGUUAUCAGCGGCAACAACAACAACAACGUCAACAACAACAACAACAACACCGCCAAUCCGAGUGGCAAAGCUAAGAAGGCGGCCGCCAUGUCUUCUCCGCCGAAACAUCGCCGGGGCUUCGACCCUAACGACCCGGGGGAAUAUCACCGCUAUCGUCGCGUUAAGACGAAGCAGCGAGGCUUUGUAUGUCCCACAUCGUGUGACCUUCGGCGCCGGACACAGACCUCCCCGAGAUCCCCCGACACAUCCACCAGCACAAGGCAUUAUAAAACACACACAAGCUUGCGAUGUUCGAUGUUGGAUCGCUUACUGGUUGUAUCCCCGCCGCUACAAUGCGACGAAAGUAUGAAUCACGUGAUAAUAAAAAAAGAUAUAUCAUCAUCCCCGAAUAUAUAAUGUGUCAAUAUAUCAACCCAGCGUUUUCUUCCCGGAGCAUCUUGCGGCAUUAGCAUGACUUGUGUCGAAUUAAGGAGCGCUAUAUGGACCAAUAGAUCGAACGUGUGUGAGACCUUGUGCGAAUAUAUAUAUAUAUAUAUAUAUAUAUAUAUAUAUAUAUACAUAAAAUGA